AUGAGAAGGAAAAAGUUGUACUCAAGCUCAUUCACAUUGUUCAUCUUUAAUAUCGUUCUCGUCCAAUUGAGCUACCCUGAGUUGGGUUCCGUCCGGUUUGUGAAGUGCCAAGCUGGUGAUUUUACUCCACCCCAACUGCAGAAUCUCUCAUAUAAUGACUACCUUACAAGCAAAGUUUACUACGGACUCUCCAAUCUCACCUCCAUUGUUCUCACCAGUGAAAUCGUCAAAGAUUCCAGCUUUUGCAUUAAUGAUCCGAAAUCUGAAUGGAAUACAGCAUUCGAUUAUUCUCCCAACUUGACUUUCUUGCAUGCUUGCUUGGACAAAAAUAAAGGAAAUAGGCCUGCAUCCCCAAAUAAUUUCAUGUAUUCCAGUACUCUUUUGAUAACCCUUUCAGCUUUCAUUUUGACGCUGGAGUGUUUGGAAAUGUUUCUCUCAAUCUAUAAGAACCAGACAAUAAGAAGAGGGAUGAUAGAUUGUUCACAGCCUGGUUUACAACCUCUGCCAGUAAACCUCGAAAAUUGUAAGAGCAUCAUGGUCUUAGUGAAGAAAAGGGGGGCAGAAAUGAUGCCUGAUAUUGCAAAACGAUUUUGUACAAUUGCAGAGAUAAAAUUUUACAUUAGUAACUUGAUGCAUGGCGGGAGUCACCUGAAGCCUAACAGGAACUGCAACUUAAGUUCUUGGCUUUCUGGCUGUGAGCCAGGAUGGGCAUGUAGCACUGACUCUGAAGAUCCAGCUGACCUAAAAAAUUCACAUGAAAUACCUGGCAGAGGAUCUGAUUGCCAAUCUUGUUGUGAGGGAUUCUUCUGCCCUCGUGGUAUUACUUGCAUGCUACCCUGUCCACUAGGUUCUCACUGCCCACUUGCUACCCUCAAUAAGACUACAGGAAUGUGUGCACCAUAUACUUACCAACUUCCUCCGGCGAAUCCGAAUCAUACUUGUGGUGGUGCAGAUAUUUGGACAGAUUUUCACACUAACAGCUACAUAUUCUGUUCUGCCGGAUCCUAUUGUCCAACGACUACACAUAGAUUUCCUUGCAGCAGUGGGAAUUACUGUCCCACGGGUUCAACAGAUGAGAAACGAUGCUUCAAGUUGACUACUUGCAAUUCCAACACCGCAAAUCAAAAUAUUCACGCAUACGGAGUUAUGCUUAUUGCAGCAUUAAGUACUCUUCUGCUCAUUAUUUAUAACUGUUCUGACCAAAUUAUUACCACUCGGGAAAGAAGAUAUGCCAAAUCUAGGGAAGCAGCAGCUAGAACAGUAAGGAAGAAGACACAAGCACGUGCAAGGUGGAAAGCUGCAAAAGAUGUUGCUAAGAAGCAUGCUGUUGAGUUACAGGCACAAUUUUCUGGCAAAUUUUCUAAGAAGACUCCUUCGAAUUCUGACCAAGUUAAGAUUUUGAAUCAAACCGAAACUGAAACAGAUGACUUACGUGCAUGUAUGUCACCCGCCACUUCAUUUACUGAAUCAGGAGGAAAGAAAUUAGAACACGCGCAUCAUACGCACGUGAUAUAUGAAAUGGAAGAUGACUCUUGUAGUUUUGAAGUUUAUGGUUUAGAGUCUCGAAAUAAAAAUAUAGAGAAGACAAUUCCAAAAGAAAAGCAAAUUCAUACUCAUAGUCAGAUUUUCGAGUUUGCAUACUCACAACUCGAGAAAGAGAAAGCUCAGCAGCGGCAGAAUAAGAACCUUAACUUCUCAGGAGUAAUUUCAAUGGCUAUGAACAACGACACCAAGAAAAGGCCUCUAAUUGAGAUUGCUUUUAGAGACUUAACUGUUACAUUAAAAGGCAAAAAUAAAAAUCUUUUGAGGUCUGUAACUGGGAAGAUAAGGCCUGGCCAUAUUACUGCUGUCAUGGGUCCAUCAGGAGCUGGAAAAACAACUUUUCUUUCUGCUUUGGCUGGGAAAGCAGUUGGAUGCAUGGUGACAGGCAUGGUUCUUGUAAAUGGGAAGUCAGUAUCCAUCCAUUCAUACAGAAAAAUUGUCGGUUUUGUGCCGCAGGAUGAUAUUGUGCAUGGAAAUUUAACCUUGGAGGAGAAUUUAUGGUUUAGUGCAAGGUGCAGACUAUCUGCAGAUUUACCAAAGGCAGACAAGGUUCUUAUUGUUGAACGAAUCAUAGACUCCUUGGGGUUGCAAGCAGUGCGGGGUUCCUUAGUUGGCACAGUGGAGAAACGAGGAAUCUCUGGAGGUCAAAGGAAACGAGUAAAUGUUGGCCUGGAGUUGGUUAUGGAACCUUCGGUACUGUUCUUAGACGAACCUACAUCUGGGUUGGACAGCUCAUCUUCACAGCUACUUCUCAGAGCACUUCGGCGAGAAGCGCUCGAGGGGGUAAACGUCUGUAUGGUUGUCCAUCAACCAAGCUACCCAUUGUUCCAGAUGUUUGAUGAUUUGGUACUUCUAGCAAAAGGAGGCCUUACUGUCUAUCACGGGCCAGUGAGAAAAGUUGAAGAAUAUUUCGCAGGUCUUGGUGUCAAUGUCCCAGAACGUGUUAAUCCUCCAGAUUACUUUAUUGACAUUUUAGAGGGGAUGAUUAAAACAAGUUCAAGCUCGGGCGUGAGUUAUAGGGAACUUCCUGUUAGAUGGAUGCUUCAUAACGGUUAUCCUAUACCCCAGGAUAUGAGGAAGAAUACUGCUGAACUUGCAAUAUCCCCAGUGAAUAUAAAUCUAGAAAAUGACAUACACUUUCCUGGUUCUGUUACUGAGGACCAAUCCUUUGCCGGGGAGGUAUGGCAAGAUAUGAAAUGCAAUGUCGAGAGGAAGAGAGAUAUGUUACGACACAACUUUUUGAGAUCAACUGACUUGUCCAACAGGAGAACUCCGAGCACUCUCCUACAAUAUAAGUACUUCCUUGGGAGGGUGGCUAAACAACGGUUACGAGAAGCUAGAGUUCAAGCGAUAGAUUAUCUUAUUCUUUUACUUGCUGGGGCAAGCUUGGGAUCACUUACAAAAGCGAGUGAUGCAACUCUUGGUUAUGGUGCUUACACUUAUACAAUUAUUGCUGUUUCUCUGUUGUGCAAGAUUGCAGCUUUAAGGUCAUUUUCUCUCGACAAGUUACAAUAUUGGAGAGAGAGUGCUUCUGGCAUUAGCAGUCUGGCUCAUUUUGUUGCCAAAGACACAAUGGACCACUUUAAUACAGUGAUAAAACCCGUGGUGUAUCUUUCAAUGUUUUAUUUCUUCAGCAACCCAAGAUCUUCCUUUGCAGAUAAUUAUAUCGUCUUGCUCUGUCUUGUUUAUUGUGUAACUGGUGUAGCUUAUGUGUUGGCCAUCUUUCUUGAUCCCGGUCCAUCCCAGCUGUGCUCUGUACUACUUCCCGUGGUUUUGACUCUCAUUGCGACUCAGAGUACUGCAACGAAAUAUGUGAAGAUAUUAGGGAACUUGUGCUAUCCGAAAUGGGCCUUAGAAGCAUUUGUUAUUGCAAAUGCAGAGAAGUACUAUGGCGUGUGGCUCAUUACGCGUUGUGGUGCACUCCAGAAAUACGGGUAUAAUGUACAUGACUGGGGGCUUCGUAUAGCUAUGCUAAUCCUUUUCGGUGUAGUUUGUCGUGUUAUAGCUUUCGUCGGUAUGAGGCUAAAAGCACUGAAAUGGUUCUUCAUCCAAGUGCUGAUCAUAUGCAGUUCAUCGCAGUUUGUACAGAGCCAAGAUGUUUUCGACUAUGACUAUAGUAACAUUAACACUACACAACUUGAUAACCCUGAGGUUCUCCAGCAACUCACCAAAAUGGUUUAUCAACGUUUGUCGGGUGUCACGACCAAUCUCAUCCAUAGCGAUGUUGCUAAACGGGCCACCUUCUGUGUUACAAACCCGGAUGAUGAUUGGAAUAGAUCUUUUAAUUAUUCUGAAAAUUUGGAUUUCUUGACUAAAUGUAUUGUCAAAACUAAAGGAGAUUUGCCCAAACGAUUGUGUACAGCAGCAGAUUUGAAAUUCUACUUCAGUAAUUUCAUUGCAAGUAGAGGCACCUCCUCCACUUACCUAAUGCCCAAUAGAAAUUGCAACAUAACUACUUGGGUUUCGGGUUGCGAGCCUGGAUGGGCAUGUAGUGUUGGCUUAACUCAAAUGGUUGAUUUUACAGACUCACUUGAAAUGCCAGCUAGAACCCUUGAUUGCCAGCCAUGUUGUGAGGGUUUUUUUUGUCCUCAGGGUCUUACAUGCAUGAUUCCUUGCCCAUUGGGUUCCUACUGCCCACUAGCAACGUUCAAUGUUACCACGGGAUUAUGUGACCCAUAUCUUUAUCAAUUACCCCCGGGAAAACAAAAUCAUACCUGUGGAGGGGCAAAUAUCUGGGCAGAUGUCAGUAGAGGUGGUGCAAUGUUCUGUCCAGCAGGAUCAUAUUGUCCAACAAAUACAGAAGAAAUCUCUUGCAGCAGCGGGAAUUACUGCCGCAUGGGCUCUACAUCUCAGACAAGUUGCUACAAAUUGACUUCAUGUGAUUCCAACACGACUAGGCAGAAUAUCACAGCAUAUGGUUUAGUGCUAAUUGCUGCUACAAGCACUCUUUUGUUCAUCUUCUAUAACUGUUCUGAGCAAGUUAUCAUUAUUAGGGAAAGAAGAUACGCCAAGUCAAGGGAAGUUGCGGUGAGAAGUGUAAAGGAUAAGGCUCAAGCACAGGCAAGGUGGAUAGCUGCAGUGGAAGCAGUUAAGCAGAGAGCAAUUGAGAUGCAAUCUCAACUUUCCCGCACGUUCUCUCGUAGAAAUAUCAUCAUACCUAACGAGCAGGUUAGAAUACUGAACCAAACAGAUUCUGAAAGAGAUGACUAUUUGCCUCUUUACCUGCAGCCUUACAAUUCUAGUGCAUCUCAGCAAUUUGAUACUGCAUCUGAGGGAAGGGAAACAGAACCCCAUCAUCUGUAUGAGAAUGAAGAAUGUUCUGAUAGUUACAAAGAUUCAAAUCCAGACAUCAAAAGUGCGGAAAUCAAGAAAAAUUCCAAGGAGAAACAUAUUCGUACAAAUACACAAAUUUUCCAGUUUGCAUAUGCUCAACUUGAAAAGGAGAAAGCUCAACAGCAGCAGAACAAGGACCUUACCUUCUCUGGAGCUAUUUCAAUGGCAAUGAAUAAUGAGACCACGAGAAGACCUAGAGUUGAGAUUGCAUUCAAAGACCUUACUGUUACUCUAAAACAAAAGAAGAAACAUCUUUUGAGGUAUGUCAAUGGAGAAAUCAGGCCUGGUCGAAUUACCGCUCUCAUGGGUCCAUCAGGGGCUGGAAAAACCACUCUACUUUCAGCUUUGGCUGGAAAAACUGUUGGAUGCACUACAACUGGCUUAGUUCUUAUAAAUGGAAAGGUGGAAUCAAUCCACUCAUACAAAAAGAUUGUUGGGUUUGUGCCACAGGAUGAUGUUGUGCAUGGAAAUUUAACAGUGGAGGAGAAUAUAUGGUUCAGUGCAAAGUGCAGAUUGUCAGCAGAUUUGUCAAAGGUAGACAAAGUCCUUGUUGUUGAACGAGUCAUUGAGUCUUUGGGCUUGCAGCCAGUACGGAGCUCUAUGGUCGGAACAAUUGAGAAGCGAGGAAUUUCUGGAGGACAGAGAAAACGUGUAAAUGUUGGUUUGGAACUGGUAAUGGAACCUUCUCUAUUAUUCUUAGAUGAACCCACAUCGGGAUUAGACAGCUCUUCUUCUCAGCUCCUUCUUAGAGCACUAAGACGUGAAGCACUGGAAGGGGUUAACAUAGUUGCAGUUAUCCACCAACCAAGCUACACCUUGUUCAACAUGUUUGAUGAUUUGAUACUUCUAGCAAAAGGAGGUCUUACUGUUUACCAUGGGCCAGUCAGGGAAGUUGAAGAAUACUUUGCACAUCACGGCGUCAAUGUCCCAGAGCGUGUUAAUCCUCCAGACUAUUUUAUAGAUGUUCUGGAGGGGAUGAAUAAACCAAGCACAACCUCGAAUGUGAGUUAUGAAGAACUCCCUCUUAGAUGGAUGCUUCAUAAAGGUUAUCCUUUACCUCCAGAUAUGCAGAAGAUGUUUUCUGGGCUACUUAUGCCUGAGGAGAAUGACAGUUCAACAAACCAAGGAAGCCCUGUUUGUUUUGGGACUGAGGAACUACCCUUUUGGGGAGAAUUAUGGCAAAAUGUAAAUUACAAAGUGGAAGCACGGUGUGGUGUUAUACGGAACAAUUUCAUGAGGUCGAAGGACUUAUCCCAGAGGAGAACCCCUAGCAUUUUCCAACAGUAUUUAUAUUUCCUUGGAAGGAUUACUAAGCAGCGACUACGGGAAGCUAGAAUCCAAGCAAUAGACUAUCUUAUUUUGUUACUUGCUGGUGCCUGUUUGGGAUCAAUUGCUAAAGCAAGUGAUGAAAGCUUUGGUGCACCUGGUUAUAUUUACACGAUCAUAGCUACUUCUUUGCUAUGCAAAAUUGCGGCUCUGAGGACAUUUUCUCUGGAUAAGUUGCAAUACCGCAGAGAACGUGCUUCUGGCAUUAGUAGCCUCGCUCACUUUGUUGCGAAAGAUACAGUAGACCACUUCAAUACACUGAUUAAGCCACUGGUCUACCUCUCGAUGUUCUUUUUCUUCAGCAAUCCAAGAUCUUCCUUCUUAGAUAAUUACAUUGUCUUGCUCUGCCUUAUUUAUUGUGUGACUGGUAUAGCUUAUGCGUUGGCCAUUUUUCUUGAUCCCGGUCCCUCGCAGCUGUGCUCCGUUCUUCUACCUGUGGUUUUGACUCUCCUUUCAACUCAGCCUAAAGGUAGUAAAUUUAUGAAGAUUGUGACAGAAUUGCUUUAUCCAAGCUGGGCCUUAGAAGCAUUCAUUGUCUCAAAUGCAGAAAAAUAUUACGGUGUAUGGCUCAUACAGCGUUGUGGCGCGCUUCUUAGAACCGGCUAUGAUCUCCAUCACUGGGCUCUUCGUAUAUCCCUUCUGAUGCUUGCAGGCGCAGCUUGUCGAGCUUUAGCUUUCUUUGGUAUGUUAACUUUACAGAAGAAGUGA